UUUCUUCACACUUGAUCAACCUCUCUAUAAAUUGAAGAGAAAUCCCACAAACAAGAAUUCGUAUUCAUCAAACAAGAUUCUACCAACUCUCCGCCAUUUCUAAGCCAUGAACAAAAUCGCCACAAUUCUGAUUCUGAUUCUCUCGGCGAUUUUCACAAUUUCCUCAGUUGAAGCCUUGCAAGCGCCGUUUCACCCCGCCGAUGUAUUGCCGUUGCUCCCUCGCCAGGUCUCGAAGCCUAUUCUCAACGCCCUCAACAGCGCCGCCGACCUGAUGCCGUCUUUCGUCGGAGCCGCCACCUCCGCCAACGCCUCCGAUUUGCAAUGGAAAGGAGCUUGCUUCUACGACUCCACUGCUUGGCUGGAGUUCCACAACCGUAACAACACUCGAUUUGGGGGCGGCACUCUUCACCUCAAGUUGAACAAGCCGCAUAGCUUGACAUGUAUGGAUCUCUACGUGUUUGCAACGCCCUUUCGUGUAACGUGGGAUUACUACAUGUUGGCCCGCGAGCAUACUCUUGAGUUCAAAGAGUGGGAAUCCGAAGCUGAAUAUGAAUACGUUAAAACUAGGGGGGUUUCGAUUUUUCUGAUGCAAGCAGGGAUGCUAGGGACUUUCCAGGCUCUGUGGGAGGUGUUCCCUUUGUUCACGAAUACCGAAUGGGGCGAAAACUCUAACAUAGCGUUUCUUAAGAAACACAUGGGUGCUUCCUUUGUGGAACGUCCCCAACCGUGGGUCACCAACAUCACUGUUGAUGAGAUACAAUCCGGAGAUUUCCUUGCAAUAUCCAAAAUCCGAGGGCGAUGGGGCGGUUUUGAGACUUUAGAGAAGUGGGUGACCGGAGCUUAUGCUGGUCACUCUGCUGUCUGCUUAAGAGACUCCAAAGGGAAGCUAUGGGUUGCAGAAUCAGGCCAUGAAAAUGAAAAGGGAGAAGAUGUCAUAGCUAUUUUACCAUGGGAUGAAUGGUGGGAGUUUGAGUUAACAAAGGACGAGUCAAAUCCACACAUAGCAUUGCUCCCUUUGCAUCCUGAAGUCCGGGCCAGGUUUGACGUAGAUGCUGCAUGGAAGUAUGCUAAGAGCAUGUCGGGGAGACCAUAUGGUUACCAUAACCUGAUAUUUAGCUGGAUCGACACUACUAGCGAUAACUAUCCAACACCCCUCGAUGCUCAUCUGGUGGCUUCUGUUAUGACUGUUUGGAACCAAAUGCAGCCUGCUUAUGCUGCUAAAAUGUGGAACGAAGCAUUGAACAAACGACUUGGAACGCAGAACUUUACUCUUAGUGAAAUUCUUGUUGAAGUGGAGAAGCGCAAGUCAUCGUUCGGUCAACUGUUGGCCAUCCCUGAGCAAGAUAAUUGGGUCUACGAAGAUGGGAGGUCGACAUCAUGCGUCGCUUUUGUGUUUGAGAUGUACAAGGAAGCAGGGGUGUUUGGCAAACUUGCAAGCUCUACGCAGGCCACUGAGUUCACGAUAAAGGAUGCCUACUCCCUCAAGAUCUUCGAAAGCAAUUCAAGCCGUUUACCAACGUGGUGCAACAAUGGGGACUCUGUGAAACUUCCCUUCUGCCAGAUUAGAGGGAAAUAUCGGAUGGAACUACCCGGCUACAACACCAUGGAUCCGUAUCCACACAUGAACGAAAGGUGUCCAUCGUUGCCCCCUAAUUAUGACAGACCAUCGGGUUGCUGAGGAGUCGUUGUGUUUUCGGGUUACUCUUGCACUACUUCUUGUGUCCUAAUGCAUAACCACAUUGUCUAUGUAUAUGUAUGUAUGUAUGUACAUGAAAUAUACAAGUGUUAUUGAGAAAUCUUGAGUUUGUUAUUGCAA